CACAUCACACAACAGACAAAACACAACACACAACAUACAACACGCGCAACACACGACGGUUUUAACGAACCCACACGCAACACAACUUAGAAUCAUUUGUACCAGCAAUUAGAGCAAUGCACUUAGUAUGCUAUUAGGGCCGUUCUGGUACACGGCCCUGAGUGCAAUUUUGUGAGUGGUAGAGUCGCAGCUAGUAGGUGCGGAUUAUGCCAGUUACGAUGACUUCGACUUACGUGGGUGCCGACCAAUGCAAGUGGGGCAGCACGGGGAUGGGCGGCGCCUGGGGCAUGGCCUGACGAUGUGGCGCUGGGCGCGGCUGCUGCUGGUGCUGCUGACCUGGCCGUCGCUACUGGCCGCCGAGCAUAGCUGCGCGCCGCGCUUACAAGUGGAGCGCGAGCCGGCGGCCGGCGGCCGGCUGGCCACCGUGCGCAACGCGGUCGGCUGCCACUGCCGCAGUCUGCGGUUGACCCUGCUGCAGCGCCGUGGCCGCCCAUGCGCAGCACUCAACCGGACUGGGUGCGCGUGGCACGUGCUACCCACGCACGGACCACGUCAGCUGAACCUCACGCUAGUGCUGGCCGGCUGGUACCGUCCCAGCGCGUUCGACUGCUCGUGCGACGGCGAUGACGCUUGCGCCGGACCCCGGCUGCGCAAGGGCACGCGUCGCUGGGUGCCCGGGCUGCGCCUGGACGCCUGGAACGUGUCCCUUUCCGCCGUGCCGCAGCCGGACGGCCACCUGGUUGUGUCGGUGUCGCGCCAGUUCGGCGCCGCCGGCGGCGCGCAGCUCUACUUCCCGCGGCUGGAGCUCGACCAGCUGAAGGCGUACCUGUGCGUGCACGGCAUCCGCGUGCACGACUUCCAGGAGGGCGCUGUGCUCAACGCUUUCCAGCGACAGGCGUCUGUGCCGGCGGCGCUAGCCGUGCCGCCGCUGCGCGGGAUGCAGCUGAUGUUCGUGACGGCCGAGCGGGGCGCGCGUCCCCUGCGACCGGCAGCCGCGCAGGUGCGCGACAGCGUGCUGCGACACGUCAAUAUCAUCUAG